AUGUUUUCCUCCAUGCUUAUUGGUACGCACACCAACAAGUGGUGGAAAGGCAAGGAUAAUGCCACUGACCAAGGACACAGCGAGCGCUCAUCAGCGGAACAAAUGCGAGAUGAAAGCAUUGUAGAACGAACCGUCCGUGCCGUCAGCCACAUGCGCCUCGCACUGCUCUCGGGAUACACUACGUAUCGCGAUCUGGGUACGGAGGGCCUGUCUUCCCACGAUGCCAGCCUUCGGGACGCGGUAAAUCGCGGCCUCACGCCUGGACCGCGCACAUUUGUCGCGACAAGUUGCCUGGCUACGACUGGCUCCUACGAAAUCCGCACGGAAAAUUAUGCCAAUGGCAUGAAGCCCCCACUCAUAUGUGAUCCUUGCGAUGGUCCCGAUGGAGUGCGACGCGCCGUCCGCAGACGAGUGGCCGAGGGCGCCGACAUUAUCAAAUUCUAUGCCGACUACAGGCGCAACACCUUGCGUUCCCCUUUAUCAGGAGACGCCAUCUUGUUCCCUCCAAUGAACCGAAACCCCGCAACGGUCAUGUUUACCCAAGAAGAGAUGAACGCCAUUGUCAGUGAGGCCAAGUCUGCCGGCCUGCCUGUCGCCUGUCACGCCGGCACCGUGAGGGGUGUUCUUAUGGCAGCCAAAGCCGGCGUAACGAGCAUCGAGCAUGGAACCGAGGCCACCGACGGCGCGAUUAAGGCCAUGGCCGACAACGGAUGCAUCUACGUCCCGACUCUCGCCAUCGUCGAGUCCGGAGUCAAAGACAGGGUCCCAGAGGUCCAGGCGAUCGCGAGAAAGGCCCAUUCUAUGGGCUUGCGCCUUGCAGCCGGCGGCGACACUGGUGCCUUCAACCACGGGCAAGGCGCAAGAGAAAUGGAGCUUCUGAUGGAAGCCGGCGUCCCUGUGGAGGAUGUGUUGGAAGCCUGCAUGCUCGGCGGCUGGGAGUCAUGUGGCAAGGACGCGUGCGGAUAUCGAUUUGGCUGGCUCGAAAAGGGAGCCCGCGCCGAUAUCAUCGCCCUCGACACCGACCCCCGCGUCGACAGCAAAGCGCUCCGCAAAGUCAACUUUGUCAUGAAGGACGCCCAUGUCUGGAAGCAAAAUGGCAUUCCCGUCGGCUUUAUUGACCGCAUCAUGGAAGAGUCUGCUUACUCCGACGCUACCUGGGAACUUGUGUAA